UGUUGUAGUUAUGAAUCAAAAUAGAAAUCAGGAAAGGGACGAGUCUUAUCAGAAUGCUGUUCGUGUUGCACGUAAUUUUCAAAAUCGGCCUCCUGGUGCGGCUCAACCACAUCCAAAUCUUAAUCCUAAUUAUCAAAAUCCAGUUGAUCUUGUUAGGAAUUAUAACAGAGCUCGACAACAUCAGGAACCAGAAGAAAAUAUUUACGAGAGAUUGGACAACGACGACGACGAUGACGAAGAAAACGAAGGUGAACAUAACGCUGAGGGUGGCCGUAACGAUAUUGUUAAUAAUCCAAAUAAUCAGAAUCCUAUGGAUGAUCAUAUAUACGAGAGAAUCGACGAUCGAUCUUCUUGCCGUAAUAGAGCUUAUUCUCGUUUGAAAUAUCAAAUGUUGAAUCUGAUAUCUGGUGGUCAUUUCUUGAACGAGAUCGACUCGAGAAAUUUUAAUCAAUACGAUCAACCACGACACGUUUAUUUAGAUUCAUCCAGAAUGGGCAAUCAAUUUUGUCAAAGCCGUUUGGGAAGACUCGGACGAAAUUGUUUUUCCAGCGAAAAUCUCGCUUAUGCUUCUACCAGACGAUCAGCUUAUCCUUUGGGUUACAACUGUUCUUGUCCUUAUUGUAGACAUUUGGAUUCGAGAUAUGUCUGCCAUCAUUGUCAGAGUUUACAUAAUAGACUUCGUUAUCAAGAUAGUACUAAUACUGCAAGACAGUAUAUAUAUCAGUUAUCUAGAAACUGCAAAUGUCCCUUUUGUCGUGGGGAUUAUGCAAAACUCUCAUCUGGUAAUAAUCGAUCAACCGAAUCAUCAUCUUCCAGAGGUAAAGAUUCUCAUCAUAGAAGUCCUGCUGGUUGUGUUUGCCGAAAUAAAACAAUGCCUAGCUCGAGUUCAUCGAUGCAAGUUGGAAGAUAUGUCGAUUGGAUCAAUAGAAUUGGUUCAUCCGUUAAUAAUCCACUUUAUGCAACAAUUCACAUUGGUAGAAUCGAUCGAUCUUAUUCUGGUUCAGCACCCACUGGUAAUUCUGAUACUACAGCUGCUUCAACAUCAACAGGAGGAUCAACAGAUGCUGGUACUUCAGCGAAUAUCAGAUCGAUCUUUGCCUCGACCUCUUAUAAUCCUUCUACUUCAUCAGCUUCCGUUUGUCUUAUGAAUCGUUCAACGGAACGUCAACAUACGUGCGACGAUUCUUGUAUAAGAAAUCAGAAUCUAGCUAGGAUUUGUCAAUUUCUUGGUAGAUGUGAAAGAGCAGAGUGCAAUCAUAGUAGAUUGUCGGUUCAUUGGUGGUUCGUUAAUAGAUGGUUUAAUACUGAGAGAAAUGUUGACAAUGCUCCUCUCGAAGAAGAACCACGUGAACGUCAAGAUAGUGAUAGUGACGAUUCUUAAAUAUUUUGUAAAUCUAUGAUUUUCAAUUUAUCUUACUUUUCUAUCGUAUUUCAUCUUCUUAAAUAUCACCGAUGAAUCUCUUUCUCCUAACGAAUGGUUUUUAUUUUCUCAAGUGUUCAUUUAUCACUCAUUUUCCAUUAUGUGUAAUGACAAUAGUUGUAGAGUUUCAGGUUGUGAUAUUUACUAGGAUAUAAUAUUUAAAUAAGUCUACUUCUGGGAUGUCAGUAGAGAGGUCGUUCGAUUGUAGAACUUUAGUUUAUUAUUAUUUACUUUUAUAUAUAUAUAUAUAUAUUUUUUUUUUUUUUUUUUAAUACUAUAGCUUCGUAGC